GGUUGACAUCUUGGUAGUUGGUCACUGUUAUUCAAGCUACUCGGAAUGUACGAUUCACACUGAGGUGAAGAGGAGCGGGCUAAAGAUUAAGUUUGGGACUCGAUCGGAGGGUGCGGGCUAGCAGCGACAGAAAUAUGGCUCUCAUGAUGGGGCUUCUGUCGGCGGCUGCCUCGCCUGUACGGUUUAGUAUAAGGUCGUUGGGACGCUACUCCAUGGUCACAACUCGGUGUCUGACAGCUCGAGGGUAUAGUGUCACUAAAGUCAACAGAAUCGCAUCGAAUUACUCCAGACCCUUAGCAUACUAUGCUAAUAUCCACCUGAACCACCGACUCCAAUACUCUGAGUCUCCUAAAAGUGAAAAUCCGAAAGAGUCAGAGCCUUCCAGCAGUGGUGGAGGUCGCUCAGGAGAUGGAGGCGGUAGUGGAGGUGGAGGUGGGAGAAGAGGAGGGAAGAAAGACUGGUGGAGCCGAAUCCAAAAGGGAGAUUUCCCAUGGGAUGAGAAGGACUUCCAGUACAUAGCACUUGGUGCAGCUGGAGUCUCUGCCACCAUGCUCUAUUUAUAUUUUAGAGACAGAGGGAAGGAGAUCACCUGGAAAGAUUUUGUCCAUCGGUAUCUGGACAGAGGAUUGGUGGACCGUUUGGAGGUGGUCAACAAGCAGUAUGUGCGAGUUAUCUUAGUUCCCAGAGCAGACGCUGGAGAUGGGAGUUACGUAUGGUUCAACAUUGGCAGUGUGGACACAUUUGAAAGGAACCUUGAGACGGCUCAGCAGGAGCUUGGACUGGAGCCUUCCCGCAGGGUAGCGGUGGUCUACAGCUCUGAGAGUGAUGGGUCCUUUCUCAUGAGCAUCAUUCCUACGUUGCUUUUGAUUGGCUUCCUGCUCUUCACUCUUCGACGGGGUCCAAUGGCAGGAGGAGGAGGCGGUGGAAGGGGUGGGCUGUUCAGCAUGAGCCAAUCCAAUGCCAAAAUGAUGAAGGACAAUAUUGAAGUAAAGUUCAAGGAUGUGGCAGGCUGUGAAGAGGCCAAGUUGGAGAUCCUUGAGUUUGUGAACUUCCUGAAAAACCCUCAGCAAUACAAGGAUCUAGGGGCCAAAAUCCCAAAGGGUGCAGUGCUGUCUGGCCCGCCCGGCACUGGGAAGACUCUGCUGGCCAAAGCCACGGCAGGGGAGGCCAACGUCCCCUUCAUCACAGUCAACGGCUCGGAGUUCCUGGAGAUGUUUGUGGGUGUUGGGCCAGCCAGGGUGAGGGACAUGUUUGCCAUGGCUCGGAAGAACGCCCCCUGCAUCCUCUUCAUUGAUGAGAUUGAUGCGGUCGGCAGGAAGAGAGGUGGUGGGAACUUUGGUGGGCAGAGUGAGCAGGAGAACACCCUCAACCAGCUGCUAGUGGAGAUGGAUGGUUUCAACACCAGCACCAACGUGGUGGUCCUCGCGGGGACCAACAGACCAGACAUCCUGGACCCUGCACUGAUGAGGCCUGGCAGAUUUGACAGGCAGAUUUAUAUUGGUCCACCUGACAUCAAGGGCCGGGCGUCCAUCUUCAAGGUUCACCUGAGGCCUCUGAAACUAGACCCCAGCAUGGACAAGGAUGCGCUGGCUCGGAGGAUGGCAGCAUCCACUCCCGGAUUUACAGGAGCUGAUAUCGCCAACGUUUGUAAUGAAGCUGCUUUAAUCGCUGCCCGGUAUCUGAAUGAGUCUGUCAAUGCAAAGCACUUUGAGCAGGCUAUCGACAGGGUGAUAGGAGGUCUGGAGAAGAAAACUCAGGUCUUGCAGCCCACAGAGAAGAAGACCGUGGCGUACCACGAGGCCGGCCAUGCCAUAGUGGGCUGGUUCCUGGAACAUGCUGACCCCUUGCUGAAGGUGUCCAUCAUUCCCAGGGGAAAGGGUUUGGGUUACGCACAGUACCUGCCCAAGGAGCAGUACCUGUACACGCGCGAGCAGCUGUUCGACAGGAUGUGCAUGAUGCUGGGAGGGCGCGUGGCGGAGCAGGUGUUCUUUGGACGCAUCACCACGGGAGCUCAAGACGACCUAAAGAAGGUCACGCAGUCCGCCUACGCUCAGAUAGUGCAGUUUGGCAUGAGUGACAAGGUGGGCCAGGUGUCGUUUGACCUGCCUCGGCAGGGGGAGAUGGUCAUGGAGAAGCCGUACAGCGAGGCCACGGCGGAGCUCAUCGACCAGGAGGUGCGCGAGCUGGUGGACCGGGCCUACCAGCGCACCAUGGAGCUCGUCCUGGACAAGAAGGACCUGGUGGAGAUGGUGGGGAAGAGGCUGUUGGAGAAGGAGGUCCUGGAUAAGGCCGACAUGCUGGAGCUGCUGGGUGCGCGGCCGUUCGAGGAGCGCUCCACCUACGAGGAGUUUGUGGAGGGCACGGGCAGCUUCGAAGAGGACACCAGCCUGCCCGAGGGCCUGAAGGACUGGAACAAGGAGCGCAGCGACGUCGCUGAGGAGGAGCCCAGCAAGGAGAAGCAAGUGGCCUAACGGCCAGGAGCCACCAUCCCCCAGCGGCCUGCCUGCCUCCGGGGGUACUCUGGGCUGCUCAGCUGAACAAUGCAGGGCUUUGGAUGGCCAAAUCUUUGCCCCUUUGUGUAUUUAAAUGCAAAUGUAGUUUUGAUUUUACAGGUUUCAAAGCAAAAGACAUCUUCCGAGGCCUUAACAGCAGUGAUUUGGUGCUCUGUGUGAUGCUGUAGGCAAUUUGGUACCUGUGUGUUGUUUUCCCAGUUUUAGCCGAUGGUACAGGCUAAUGUACAGAAUUGAGAGGGUGAUGGCACUGUAAAGUAAGACACGUAGAUUCAAUUGACAGUUAAGACAACUAUAUAGAUAAGUACCUUAUUUAUUAAUAUGUGAGUGUGGUAUACCAAACCAAUUUUGUAUAAACCGCUGCUUAUAAAACUAUGAAGCGAAACUUUUAUCCACACAGUCCAUGGAGGCAAAAGUCUUUAGAAGUCUUUCAGUGGUAGACACACCAACACCUCUACUGUAAUUGGAUUCAAAUGUGUAAAUUCAAUUCUGGAGGAAUCCUCUGGGCAUGAUCCUAACUAGCGCGGUUGCCUUCCUCGGCUUGGCAAAAACAGUGUUACGAGGGCGAGCUACUGUAUCUCGUACUUCAAAGCCUGGUUGGGAGGUACAGCAACUACCUCCAGUGCCUGGGGUGGAGGUGAGACACAAGGAGUUCAACAUGUCCAUCUUUCAACUCUGCCCUCCCCUCUUUUCACCUCUUCUUUUAACUUGCUUUUGUGAUGAUGUUAAUGGGAACAUUCCCUCUUUCUAGUGUCAGCACAUUUUGUUGGAAUAAGCAGAGAAACCAGGUUGGCGGUAAUGGAUUCCUCCCUCCCCCUCACUCCUUCAGUCCUUCCCCUCCCUUCCUCCCUCUCUCUCUCUCUCUCUCUCUCUCUCUCUCUCUCUCUCUCUCUCUCUCUCUCUCUCUCUCUCUCUCUCUCUCUCUCUCUCCCUUUCCGUUUCUCUCUCACUGAGGAGGCGGAGGGAUCCCGGCCCAGCACACAAGUAGGCCACAAACUGGCACCGUCAUCCAUCACCGCCCUCACCCCACGAGCCCUGGUGCUCCUCGACCAGCCACCAAACACCCCCCCCCCCCCCCAACCCCCCCCCUCUACGUUUCAGGGGCGCUGUUCAAGCUUAGCGCCUGACAGCAAGAGUCAUGCUCAAAAUAGCCCAAACGUUGUACUCUCAACACAGCAGCAGCAAGUAGGUUUUCAGAUGGUGGUAGCAUUUCCACAUUUCCCUUAUAAACAGUGUCAGCAGAAAAGUGUUCAGGGGGCUGCCUGGCUAACGUGUGCCUGGAAGUGAUUUGUCUGCAGCUAGCUUCAGUGCCUCCACACACAGACUAGUGCUAACUCUGUCUCCUCAUGCACACUUUAUGAGAGCAUACCUCACCGGCAGAUAUUGAGGUGGAUAUUUACAGAUGGAUUGUUACUUUGAAGUGAGAAUGACUGAGUAUAUCAGGAUGGCAGUACCUUACCAGUGGCUGUUGAAAGCAGUGCAUAUUCCCGGUGUGCUGCAUUGGAUGUUCUCCCCACAAGGUCUUUUUCAAUUCCACUGGAAUGGCUUGGGCGAAAUGUCGGCAAAUUUGGCAGCUCGCUCACUCUCAUUUUAAAAAGUCUAGGAUGUUGUUUUUGUUGACCAAAAAUGAAGCUAUUUUAUAUCACGAAAUCAAUGUAACUCUGGAGGUAUAUGAUUAAAGAAGGUGUUUCUCCACAUCCCCAUGCAUUCUACACAUCAUAUUUGUCCCCAGUAGCCUUGUUUCAGUGUCCACAUUAUUUAGGUCAGAAAAUGAAAUUGCCUUGUCAAUGAUAUGUUUAGAAUUAUCUGUUGUAGACUUGGCUGCAUUUUCUUUAAUAUUUGACACAUCUGCAUACUUCACUUCUAUCUCUGAUUGUGGAAAUCAUUUGUAGUAUCACCACUGAAGAUGCCUAAUAACUUCACAUUCAAUGAACAUUUGUAAAUAUGUUUGCAUAGAUGGUUUAAUGUGUACAUUUGCUUUAUACAAGGAAAUGCUGAAAAACCUCCCUGUAAGUCAAAUUUCCUCAUCAUAGGAGCACAAACAAGAUGGUCCGCCUGGCGGCUUAAGCAAACAAAUGGUGUUGAUGUAUACAAAACACAUACCAGUAUUUGGUGAACAAAUAAACAUUUCAAAGUACCAUUCAAA